AUGGAGAAUUAUAGUCACAGAGACAUCUUCUUCCUCAUCUUCCUCUUCUUCUUCUCACCCUCUUCUCCAUUGGCAUCAUCACAACCUUGCCAUGUUGUGGACAAAGAAGCAUUACUCCAAUUCAAAAAAGCCAUCACCUCUGACCCUUCAAAAUUGUUGCAGACAUGGACACCUACCGCUGAUUGUUGCACUGCCUGGGAAGGCAUUGGUUGUGAUGCCUCCGGCAGAGUCGUUAACGUCUCGCGUCCCGGCCUUGCCUCUGGGGACGACUUCAUCAUCGACACCUAUAUGACUGGGACUCUAUCACCUUUCCUUGGCAACCUCUCUUUCCUUCAAUUGCUUGAUCUCAGUAACCUCAAGGACAUGAGGGGUCACAUUCCACCUGAAUUGGGCCGGUUGUCGCGCCUAAUCUAUCUGUUUCUUGAUUCAAACAAGCUCACUGGUUCGAUACCAGUUACUUUUCGGUUCCUUAAUCAGCUGGAGAAGCUGUAUCUCAGUGACAAUUUUCUGUCUGGUUCUGUCCCUUCACCUGUUUUGGAAUCUUUCAUUUCACUGUCCGAACUUGGCCUUUCGGGGAAUCAAUUGUCCGGUCUCAUCCCAUCAUCAAUAGGCAAAUUGGUUUCACUAACCAAGCUUGAUCUCCAUGAAAACAACUUUUCUGGUCAUAUUCCAAAUACCAUUGGCAACCUCAAGAGCCUCAAUUUUAUUGAUUUGUCUGAUAAUCAGAUCAAUGGAAGCAUACCAAUAUCUAUUGGUGGACUUCAUGAAUUAGUACUAUUGUACCUCAACAGUAACCAACUUGGUGGAAGCAUUCCCUAUACUAUAUCUGGUCUCAGUUCUCUCCAAUUCUGCCGCUUAUCUGAAAAUAAGCUCACUGGCAGCAUUCCAGCAUCCAUUGGCAUGUUACCGAAGAUCCAACGAUUAAUUUUCGAGAACAACAAGCUCAGUGGGAAACUGCCUGCAACCAUUGGAAAUCUCACAACACUUACUGAUAUAUUCUUCUCGAACAACCACUUUAUUGGAAAAGUACCUUCAAGUUUUGGCAAUCUACAGAACCUUCAGACCCUGGAUUUGUCAAGAAACAAACUCUCUGGUCCAAUCCCUCCACAACUUUCUAAAUUACAGAAUUUACAAACUCUAGAUCUUUCCUUUAAUCCUCUGGGGCUUAUGGGCAUUCCAAACUGGUUGGAAAAAUUGAAACUGCUUCAGCUAAUGUUGGCGAGAACCGGAAUUAAAGGGCAGUUGCCAAAUUGGUUAUCUUCAUCUUCCAUAUCUGAACUUGAUUUAUCAAGCAAUGCGUUGACAGGGAAAUUACCCCCUUGGAUAGGAAACAUGACCAACCUUUCCUUCCUCAAUUUAUCAAACAAUGGUUUCUAUUCCUCAAUUCCUUCACAAUUCAAGAACCUUUCACUUCUAAUGGACCUUGAUCUUCACUCAAACAAGUUUUCGGGUAACCCAAAUAUCGUAUUCUCAAAAAAUGUUCAAAACCCACUUGGCCAUUUCAACUCCAUUGAUCUUUCUUACAAUAUGUUCACUGGACCAAUUGAUGAAAACGUUGGAGGCCAACCUGCCAUGGACUCUAUUGUGUCCUUCGUUCUGUCAGAGAAUCCACUGGGAGGAUCUAUACCGAAAACUCUGGGGAAAUUGAGUGGACUACAGGUACUUGAACUUGUUGGUAAUGAGCUUUCAGGGAAGAUUCCAAUUGAGCUUGGCAAUGCCACGGAAUUGACAACAAUUUUGGUUUCUAGGAACAAGUUGAUUGGCUCAAUUCCAGAAGAGGUACUGAAUCUGAAGAAUCUUCAAGUGUUUGAUGUGUCUUUUAAUCAGUUAAGUGGGAAAAUCCCUCCCCACAAGGCUGUUAUCCCUGUGUCUGCAUUUAUGAAUAAUCCUGGCUUGUGCGGAGCUCCACUUCCUCCUUGUAAGCACUUUAUCUGA